AAAAUUUCAACUACACCAACUCUCAAUAUUGGAGCUAACACACUCUUGGUGGUCUCCAACUACAAGCUGCAAUGCAAGUGGGUACCAUUGGCAAUAUUGUUAGCAUUUCUGGUCCCUUUUUAACCAAACUUUCUGCCCCCUACCCUUUACUCCUCCCACUCUUUUGGACAAUGGAAAGUGGAGUACCCUUCCUUGACUGUCUCUUGCAAAACACUCUUAGAAGCAUUUGCUCAUUUCCCACUUCUUCAACUUCUUCCAAGUGGGUGUAUGCAGUCUUCUGGAGGAUAGUACCUCGAAACUUUCCUCCGCCUAGGUGGGAAUUUGGAGGAACAGCUCUUGAUCGCUCAAAGGGAAACAAAAGAAACUGGAUCCUUGUAUGGGAAGAUGGUUUCUGCGAUUUUAAUGAAUGUGAACAAGGGAGGAAUGGAUGCUUGAACUACAAGUUUGGAGCUGAUGUAUUCUUCAAAAUGUCUCAUGAAGUUUAUAGUUAUGGAGAAGGACUAAUGGGGAAAGUGGCCGCAGAUAAUAAUCAUAAAUGGGUUUACAGUGACACUCAAAAUGGGUGUGAAUCUAGCUACAUUGGUGCAUGGAAUGCUUCAAUGGAUCAUCAACCAAAGACAUGGGAGUUUCAGUUAAAUUCAGGUAUUCAGACCAUUGCUGUCAUUGCUGUCAGAGAAGGCUUAGUACAACUUGGUUCAUUUAACAAGAUUGCUGAAGAUCUCAAUUUUGUGGUUAGCAUUCAAAGGAAGUUCAGCUACCUCCACAGCAUACCAGGUGUAUUUUCCAUUCAAAGACCACACCUACCCAUUCAACAUCCAUGCAUUGCCAAACCAAACCUACAAAUGAUGGAAAGCAAUGAAAUGACCCUAUCUGCCUAUAAUGCAACAAAUCAAGUCACAAGAGUCAAUGGAGUGCAUGAGGAAAAAUCCAGCUUCUUUUCCAUGAUAUCCAUCAACUUGGGUAGGAAUCCACCACCCCAAAAUGGAACAACAACAACACAAGGGUCACCUCUUUGGUCAGCUCCACCUUCCUUGCCCAACAUGUCUUGUAGUUUUGGUGCUAUGCUAUCAAAGCUUCCAUAUGUUACUCCUUCCAAUAAUCCCCCUCAAGUUCUUGAAACCAAUAAGACCAACCACAAAGUGAAGAUUGAGGAGUGCAGAUUUCAUGGUGCUGCUAAUGGAGAUCAGAACAAAAAUGCAGGGUGGAAUCCUUGAUAAAUAAGAGAGAACCGCUAGCAACACACUCUUUUAAACACAUACUUCAUUGUUAACUUUAUUGGAAAUUACAAAAUUUUGUGGGUUUGGCUUCUUAUUUACUGAGUCGCACUCAUAAUUUUGCAGUUUUUAAUGAAUUUUAACAGAUGAUAAUAAGUGUGUUAGAAAGAAUGUGUCAAAAGGUGUGGUGAAUCAUCAAUGCAAUCUUGAUUUGAGAAUGACUAUGAUCAUCCCUUAGUUUUAGUUAGCUUGUAAUAAUUUGGUGUUUUUGAAGAGAGUUGGUUAUAUUUCUCUACCAGCACAAGGCCACCACACGGGGUAUAUAGGUGGAAUGUUUAUGGUCUACUAUUUUCUCUUUUGUGAAUUAAUGCUAAAUAAAUAUAAAUGCAGUGAAGAUAUAAUCUGCUGCUACUUCAUUUCA